CGGCGGGCCCAAUCAGGGGGGCGCUGGCCGGCGGGUAAUUCAAACGGCGGCAGCGUCGGGCCGCGGCCGCUCGCAGCCCCCUAUAAAGCGCCGGCGGCCAUGACAGCGCUCCCCUCGCCGCGUCUCCCGCCCAGCCGCCGCUCCGAGCCGGCCUACAGAGAGCAAAGAAGACAAAAAGUUGAAGAAUAUCUGUCAAGAAAAAAGACCUUUUCUGGUGUGCGCAUUCAAGAAAACCAGGCAUCUUUCAGCAGUAGCAGAACUGGGAAAGUAACUAGCAAUAAACUGCAAGACAAAAUACAGGCCUUAAAAUCUGCAAAGCCAAAAAUGAAAGAUACAGAGAAUGCUGAUAAACUUUCGUGGGACCAAUCAAGCAGAACCUUAGAAGAAAAUGUUGCUUUAAAGUCUUCUACAAUCACUCUGGCAAAUUCCACACUGGAGACAAGCUAUAAUCCUGAAGAUCUUACUUCCAAGGAUGAAGUCACUGAAAUAAAACCUCAACAUAUAUCACUUAGCCAGUCUUUCUUGCAUGUCAGAAGCAUAAAAGAGAGACAACUAAUUGCAGAAAAACAAAAUUCAAACAUCAGCCUACCAAAGAAACCAGUGCCUGGUAAAUACCGUGGCAAAGUUAUCCAAUCCAAGAUAAACUCCUUCCGAAAAGCACCAAAAAGUGAGGAGGGGAAGAGUUCUUUGCCAGACAAGAAGCCUCUUAUUUCUGCCACCAAACCAUCUGUGAGAUCUCUUUCCACAAGCAACUGCAAUGUAGUUAUGAAGACCAUCAAAGUCACAAACUCCCCUAAUUCUGUAAAAUCAAAUGGUGUCCUCCCAUUCCAGAGUAAACCAGCUAUCAAAGCUAUUAACUCACAGUCCAGUCUGAGUAAGCAACAAUCAACAUCUGCUGUAUCGCUAACAAAAGUAACAGUCCGAAAGAUGAUUGGCAGAAGGGGACCAGUGCCACAGAGUGCUGCUUCUAACAAUUCUGAGCAAAAAACACUAGCGGUGAAGAAAUCUGCAGAUUCUUGUGAAGAUGCAAGACCAGAAGCUACAGCAAAAGCAAUUUCUGUCGCUCCUGUUACCAGGUCAAGACAGGAUUCUAAAGUUACUGGCAACAGAAAAUCUGUUCUGCCCAAACAGUCAGCAGAAGAGAGAAGAGUUCGCCUGGCUGAAUGGAGGGCAACUAAAGGAAAAGUGAUGAAGAGACCACCUCUGUCUGUGUUCCUGGGAACCCAGUCUAAAAGUGAAGCACAGGAAAUCUCUUCUGCUGAUGAUUCUUUAGAACAUUUAUUACAUGAUGAAAAAGUCAACAAGACACUCUCAGAAUGUCUGCAGUUAACUGAACAGGGAUGUCAAAGGGAUGAAGUACAUGCCAUGUUGCAAGACCUGAUAAAGAAUACUCCCAGGGCUAAAAAGCUUGCAAAAUAUUGGAUCUGCUGUAUGCAUCUUGAACAGAUGGGCCCUCUUGAAAAGCUCAUUGUUGUCUAUGAGGAAGCCAUUUUGGCAGGAGCAAUGCCUAAAGAUCAACUACGAUGCACACUGAUAGAUAUUAUGAAAAAUACUGAAAGCCUAUUUAAGUCUGAGGAUGGAGGAGCUGUGAUAGAAGCUCAUUUAAGUGAGGUGGCAGAAGUCAGCAAGGAAGCUAAUGCAUCUGCAGAACAAGUUCAGGAGGUCUUCAAGGAUGUCAACUCAGAUGAGAGCCAGAAAGCAGAGAGAGAUAAGGUAGAGACUAGCAAUGAAGUGAUCAAAAAUGAAGAAAUGGAUUUAGACAUGAAAAAAGGAGAUGAGAUCUUGCCAAAAAAGAAUAAAAAGCACAAAACUAAAGAUCAUAUGAAGAAGUCAGGAAAACGUGAAACAGAAGAGCAGAAUGAAGACAGAGUAAAAGAUGUAAACCAAGCACUUAAUUCUCCUGACAAGGAGAAUGAUGCAUCUUAUUUAAUGAAAUAUAAUCUAUCUACAACUCCAUACUUGGAAAGUAUGAAGAUGCACCAUGAGGCAAAUGACUCCAAUGCUAGAGACCUGAAAAUUGUAACCCCUUUGCGGUAUUCUCAACGUAUACGGGAGAAGAUGUGCAAGUUGUCAGAUACUGUUAAGGAUCAUGAUCUCUGUGUGUCUUCACUGGAAAAGCUGGGAGAACAGGGAUCAAACCCCACUGCGUGUAUCCACAAACAGAUUAAUGCACUGAAAGAAACAAGUACUGAUGUAGAAGAGUAAAAGUAGUAAUAAUUCUACAAGGGGGGGGGAGUUGGAUACUUUUUAAAGAGGUUUGAUUUUUAACAGCUUUGAGAGAUGCUAUCCAAAACUUACAAGGAUGGCUUAAGGAUCAAAUUUGACUGCUUGUGUCACUAAACUUUUAAACUUGUAAAUUUGUAUGUUCUCAGACUCUUGUGGUCAAUCUGUUGGUCUGCUUUGGUACUUAAACAUCAGUGUCUUCAUGCUAAGUAUGAUUCAUGUUAAAUAUUGAAUUAAGGACUAAGUCUAACAUACCACAUAUAAUAGCUUUGCAAUUGUAGUUUAUUGCUAGCACCUACUGUUUUCCUGUUAAUUCCUAUAUAUUCAUUAGACUUGCACAUUAUUCUUUCAGUUUAAACAACAAAAAUGCCUUAAGAAUUCCAAUAGGUCAAUGUCUACUAUAGCAACUUUUAGUUUUGAAAACUGAAACCAGCUAGUAAGGAGUGGAACUAGUUUAAACAAUAUCCACAGUAUCCAUUUUUAGGGGUUAUUUCAACAAACUGACUUUAAUCCCUUUAGUUACAGGGAUUAUUUAUCAACUAAUUUAUCUUAGAUGGGCUCUCAUACACUAAUUACUAUGUGACUAUUCUAAUAUUGUUUUGCAUUAGUCUGUAAUACGGUAGAUUUAUUAAACUGAACUGACCUGUAUUUGUUUUUUAUUUAUGGGUUUUAGGCUGGAAAUGGUAAUUGUGGAAUAUGGCCACAGUCCCGAGGGACUGGAAUGCUGGAAAUAAUUGUAGUUGACUCUUGAAAGUGAGCCAAAACAUGCAGAAUGUCGUAAUUUUUUUGCAUCCAAGGAAAAAAUUGCAUUUGUUUGUUUCAGUGUGUAAAGAUUAGCUCAACUGUGACUUAAUAAAGCUUAACAGUUGAACAUU